AUGGCUUUUAAAUCGUUCAAGUACAAAUUCUAUUCGAAAGGAUAUCACUCUGCGGCACAAAAAUCAUCUACAUCGUUCUUUGACAGUUCGUAUCAGUAUCUGAGACAAAAUCAGGGUCUUGUGAACCUUGAUACAGCAAUUCCGCAAUCCAAUGUGCCGCAUUUGAGUCCGUUUCCCGUACUGGGGGCUAACGUUAACUUUAAUAUAGUGGAUGACAUCCUUCUACAGGAUGCCGAAGUUGUUAUCACCGAGGAUGUCAGCGACUCGCAUGAUUGUGACGAGCAGCAGGCCCUGAGUCGGAGGAGAUCGAACUCGAUCGCUUUGGCAGGGAACUGUGCCUCGGCGGGCGCUAUGAUGAGAAGAAAGAGUAUGGGCGAGCUGGGUCGUCCUCUAUUCCCACCGAUGCAGAAGGAUGUUGUUAUCGAUCAGGCACUUUUCAGAAGAUACUAUUCGAACGCUUCACCUACGGUGAGUGGGACUACCCUGGUGCAGAAGCCUAAGCAAGCGGCGAUUGCGCCAAGCACGGUUGAUGUCGCUGCCCGCGAAGAAGUUAAGACACCCUGGGAGGAAGAUACAGAGCCAUGUUUGAAUGUGGAAACGUUUCUGAAUACUCACAUUACUGAGAUCAAUCGCUGCUAUGAGAAGGGUGAUUUCAACAUGAUUAAUUCUCUAUAUCAAGCCCUAAAGCGGAAUGGUAUCGUGCCCCCUUUAGAGACUUAUUCUAAAGUUUUGGAGUCAUUGUCCAGAAGAGAUUUAGACAAGGAUGAUCUGGAUUACAAGAUGUCCGAGCUGCUGACGUGCUACCAGGACAUGAUCGUCAAUAAGUUAAAACCAUCAGACGAAAUCUAUAACACUGUUCUGGGAUGCUUAUUCAGAGGAUCGAUACUGGCUUUCAGAACUCGCAAUCCCAACGGAGCAGAUUUUUACAAGAUCGCUUCGGAGCUAUUCCAGGCGAUCGACACACAACAUAGGCAUCACCAGUUUUCAAAGAGCGUACUGGACCAUGCUUUGUUAGCAAUGAAUUUAUAUCCGGGUCAUAUUUCAUUGAAAACUGCCCAGGAGAUUGUGCAUUCUUCUCCUUUAUAUCGGAAGGAUUCCUUUUACUAUUUGGCCUUCUUUUCGUAUGCUAGACUGACCAACGAUAAAGCCGCCAUAAAGGAACUAUAUGAUGAGUAUAGAAACGCUUUGGUAUCCGACCAGUCUUUGCAGCAUGAUGAAUUUGAAGUUUAUUCAAUGGUUAUCUCCGCUUUCGUCGAGACCGGUGAAUUGGAACUAGCAAUUAAGAUGCUGGAUAGAAUCAUAAUCGAAGUUAGAGAGCAGAAUGGGCUUGCUUCGAAUGUUUCGCUGAUACUUACCAACUUUCUUAUUUCGGUGAGCAAGAUUGAUUCAGAGAAAGCCUACAAACUCUGGCUGAAAUUUCAUAAAAUGAAAUGGAUACCAGAAUUUUCGUAUGAAUUUUACCUGGUCUUGAUGGCUAAUAGUUUUCAUGACUGGAAACUUACAAAGAAGAUAUAUGAUUGUGUUUUUCCGAUGAAGCCGGUUUUCAGGAAUGAAACCAAUAAAUUAUCAGAUUUCCUAUUAUAUCCUAUGGGUGUGGAAUCUGUAAUCAGCUCAUUAUUGGACUACGCCUUGCAAUUGAAGGACAAUGAGGUAAUAAUGAAGGUCCUUGAAGAGUCGGUCAUUAAGGGUUUCCGAGUUAACUCUGCUGUCUAUCCGUUUAUUUUCUCAUAUUUGAAAGAGAUACGGUGCCCCGACGAUUACUUAUUGAGAUUCGUACAAUCUCAUGGAGCGACACUUAAAAAUGAGGGAGCUGUAACAGAUAGCUUCGAGUUCCUCAACGCAUUGAUAGAGCAUUUUCCAUCACAGGUCAUUCUGAAAAAAGUUGUGGAAAUGGACUUUUUCGCAGACCUUUGUCGCAACCUGAACAUUGCUGAUUCCAAAUGUGUCAACUAUGGUGGACUGGUAGGUUGUAUGACCAGCUUCUGGGCAUCACCACAAACUAUCGAUAAGUAUGCUUACAACCUGGAGAUUCAUUCCAUCUUGCUGAUUAGACUGCUUGACUUCGAGGCCUAUUGCGCAAUUAUGGGCAAUGAAAUGCUUAUCGACUUUAGAGACAAAGUGGUAGAAAGAUUUAGAAAACUUACAACAAACUACAGGAGGCUCAAUCUCGAUCCUAACAAAGCACCUGGUGUUGUUUCUCAAGUGGUGAAAAUGAUCGACCUACCUGAGGAUGUCGUCUCGUUUUACACGCAUCCUGGCGACUGGGACAAAUCUUAUCCUUUAGCAUUGGGAUCAGCCAUUAGAAACUCAUCAAGGACAGGUGUAAAAGAAUUCAGAAGGUUGCAGCAUGAAGGCUAUUGCUUUGAUUACGACACAUACAAAGAAUUGAUCAAGCAACGAACUGUCGAUACCGAAAUCGCCUCCAAGGCCCUCGAGUUAUGUCCAAACCAAAAAGAAAUGAAAUAUCUCGCUAAUUUGAUGGUCAGCAAAUGCUCAGCUGAAUUAUUGAAUGAUACCAUUCUGGGGCAUCACUCCUUUCAGAAAAAGAUGUUGCCUUCGCUUACAGAUGAAUCGCUCUUACGUUUAGCCAAAUACGCCCCGCGUAUCCAAGAAUGGAUGAAAGCGGUAGAUUUUCCCGGAAGAUUCAAGAGCAUUGCUGUACAGGCUGAAUUCAAAUCGUCUAUUCAAUUUGCAUAUGAACGGUUGUAUCAUCAAAAGAGCUACCUGGAAAUACAGCAAUGCAACAAGAUAUGUCCAGUUUUAGAUGUGGAGAUUUUACUCAAGAGCUGCAUCAGAAGCGGGGAAUUUGAGUUAUAUCGUAAAAUUUUUGACAAGUACAAGGGAACUUUGGGGUCGAUGGCGCUGGACAUUCAAAGCGAAUUUCUAAUCAAUAAUCUCAAGGUAGAUGAAGCGGUUAACCUGAUCAAAUCUGCAAGCAUUAGGACGCCGCACAAGACUUUAGAUCUUUACACGUUUGGUUUGUUCUUGCAGAGCUUUUCCAAGAACAUUACCUACUAUGAGAAUCCCGAGAAUACCCUUCAGCUUGCGAAUAUAUUGUCCUCUCACUCCUCUUUCUCUGGCAUGCUGGCUUUUUAUGAUGUUGUCUCUCAUUCUGAUAUCUUUAAUUUCAGUAACGAAAUCAGUUUUGCUGUUAAAAACGAAGUUCUCGAACAAAUGUUAAACAAUCUGCAUGAUGCUUUGUCUUUGGUUGAUGUUUCGAAAACGGAGGUUAUCAAAACUUUUUACAAGAAGCUACAAAAUUAUUUCAGGUUCAGGGCCUUCUUGAAGAUGCCACACUUAGCUCGAAAUGAUAUCAGUCAGCUUCUUAAGAUUUGGGCCAAAACUGAUGCUUAUUACGUCGACACCUUUUUCAAUAACAUGGUUGAAACCAUUUAUUUGAAUCCGGGUGGAAGAUGCCUCUAUCUAGAAUGUGAUAUGACAUUCCACUUUAAGCCAGACGAUAUUUUUGAAUUGAACCUUCAACUAGAAGAUUUCUACUCAACUGAGAAAGACGAGGAGAAUGUCCUCAAAGUGAGAAAGUUUAAGGACCUCGUGGAAAAGCUAUACAAUAAAAAUACUAAUGAAAACAGUGGAGGAAGCAAAUUGUUGGAGUCCCCGGACCGUUCUCCUCGUGAAAUCUCCAAAGCCUCGGUUCAAUAA